AUGAAAUACGGCGACUACUUCGAGGCCGAAUCCGUGCCGCGAUGGAGCCUCCACAACAUCGACUACAACUCGCUCAAGCACCUGAUCAGGCUGCACACCACUAAAGGCCAGGCCACGGCCAUUGCCAUCCCCGGCCAGGUCGACCACGCCCUCGAGCGCUUCGAGAACGACUUCUACCAGGAGCUCUGCCGCCAGCACGACCGUGUCGGCCUCUUCGUCGCCAGCAAGGCCGACGAGAUCUCGCGCCGCCUCAAGGGCACCUCGGGGCUCAUCAACACCCUCAUCCUACGAUGUGCCGGCGGUCGGGGCGUCACCCCCAAGAGGCAGCGCCGCUUCCUCAAGUACCAGCAAGAUGUAGUCGAGUGUGGCGAUGAUAUCAGGGACCUGCAGCGCUUCGUUCGCGCCCAGGUCGAGGCAUUCAGGAAGAUUAUGAAGAAGUAUAAGAAAUGGACCGGCUCCACGACGUUGACGGCCAGGUUCACCGACAACGUGCUCUGCAACUACAAGAGCUUCACGAAGCGCGACUUCCACCCGCUUCAAUUGCAGUACCGCGACAUCCUGACGACGAUACAAGCCGCUUCGCCCGGCAUUGCCUCGCCCGUCGAACGGCCCGGGUCGAGUGACGCAAUGCCCGACGCCCAACCCCGCGGCUCCCGGAGGAGCAGCCUCCAGCAUAGCCGGCUCUCCUCCCAGACGCGGCAAUCGAGACACAUCCAGGUCCAGGAGCCGGCGCCGCAGGGGUGGAACGAGUACGACAACGGCAGCGAGGCCGGCGACGAGUACUACAUCGAACUGGACCCCGACGACUCCGGCGCUUUCCCCGGCCUGGAGACCAUGAAGAACGUGCUGGGCGCCCCCGUGAGGUCCAUCCGGGGCCUCUUCUCCCGCUCGUCCGGCAAGGAUGCCGAGCGCCAGCCCCUGAUGAACGGGUCCCAAGGGAUGGACUACUUCAGCGCACGGCCGUCGACACAGGCGACCGACACGGAGGCGACCGAGGACGAGGACGCCUCGUCGGCCGAGUUCCCCGUCUACGGGUUCGCGGCACACUACGCCGCCCUGCCGAGCAUCGAGGAGCAGCGCGUGGAGCGGUUCAAGGAGACGGUGCUCCACCGCAGCAUCGUGCUGUCCUACGUCGGCGCCAUCAUCCUCACCGUGAUCGCGGGCGUGCUGGUGGCCACGGGUCGCCACCGGCUGCGUCUCGAGGUCGACGCCGGCGUCAUCCUGGCCGUCGUCGCGAGCCUGUUCGCGGGGUGCAUGGGCCUGGGUGCCAUGCUGUACCGCCAGGACUCGCUCAGCUUCCUGUACCAGGCCGCCGUGUGGAUGACCUUUGUGGCCGUCUGUCUGCUCAACGGGAUGCUGCUUAUCCUUGUGGUCGGCAGCAACGGAUUAACUCCCUAG